AACGUUUCCUCACUCAAGUCCCCGUCGACGGUUCACCGUAAAGUGUCUCCCAUUGUUUCUAAGAUCAGUCGUGGCCCUCAUAGUGUGAGCGGGGCUGUCCAGCGCUCUCAGUGUAGUGGCAAUACCGAAUUCAAGUUGCCAGGUGCGCCUCAGAAGCUGUCAGCAAUCAGUAGUCCUGAUCUAAGAACGCUAAAAAGUGGGGACGGAGACAAGCAAUGCCUGGCAGCAAAGAGCAUGUGUAGAAGCGACGAAAACCUUGCUUUCGAAAGAAACUAUGAAGUGAAAAAGGACCUAUUCUCGACCAGAGAAGUGUGCGGUGGUACCGGAAACUCCACCGAGAAUCAAUCCAGCCAGUUUUUUGGCGCAGCCAGUGGCCUCCAUGGUUCAUCUCAUAGCCCGCUGCUUUCGAACCAGCACUCAAGUCCUGCACCGUUGGGCUUGGUUUUUCCAAAGGGCUUUGUUCACCAUUCAAGAGCUGAGCUUGGCACGCUUUGCGCUGGAGCACCACAGAACAUUGCGCUUGCUUUGGUAAACCCAACGGGAGAAAGCCGCGGCUACCAAAUUCGGCAGCUUCGCUCAAGUGUCGAUGGUCGCACACCUAAGAAUGCAGAGAUGGUGAACGUUCAAUUUCCAGGCCUGCACACUUUGGCCAGUGGAGGUUUUAUGGAAAUUGAGGGUUCCUUCCUCUCCAUGACUCCUGGUUUAGUGGAAGCCGUGCUUGGCAUUUUCCUCGGGGCUAGAGGUGGCCACAAAGCUCUGCACAGUGUCACUCUGGCCGCUCGAGUUGAGGAGCCAUGUGUCACCCUGGAGCCAAGCCAAGACAUCAACUUCGAAGGCCUGCACUUCGAUGGUGAACAAAGCAGUGUGAAGAGCUGUGGCAGCUAUAAAGUGACCAUCAUCAACAAAAGCUGCUGCGCUGUUCCCGUCGUAGUUUGCAUACGCGGGGGCGAGGGAGUGUUCGCUGUGAGGUCCGAGGAAGUCGAGGCCAACAAGGACCAGGCACGUUUUUCCGUCAUUCUUCCAAGCAAGGAGGAGCGCACUGCCACUUCGUUUAUUGUGGAUUGCUCUACACGUAGUGCCGACCGUGACCUUGUUGUGCAGGCCAAGUUGGAGGUGCUCCUGGAUGGAUGCCUGCUCUCUCGCAGGCUUCUGGCAGGAGUUGGCCUUCGUGCAUCUAUCAAGCCACCAUCGCUGACGCUGGAGCAUGUCAACGCUUGCGAGGGCGAGGGAGUGUUCGCUGUGAGGUCCGAGGAAGUCGAGGCCAACAAGGACCAGGCACGUUUUUCCGUCAUUCUUCCAAGCAAGGAGGAGCGCACUGCCACUUCGUUUAUUGUGGAUUGCUCUACACGUAGUGCCGACCGCCUUGUUGUGCAGGCCAAGUUGGAGGUGCUCCUGGAUGGAUGCCUGCUCUCUCGCAGGCUUCUGGCAGGAGUUGGCCUUCGUGCAUCUAUCAAGCCACCAUCGCUGACGCUGGAGCAUGUCAACGCUUGCGAGCCCUUGGAAGUGUGUUGUGGCAGAGGACAAACUAAAGUCUGGCUGAAAAAUGAUAGCCCUUGCCCUCUGGACCUGGAGUUGUCCGCCGGAGUGCUUUUCCAUGUGAAACCUGGAAGGUUCAGGAUUCAUGCUGCGGACCACAUGGAGCUGCACAUCAGUGCCACAGAAUCGGCUGAAAGAAUUGGGGCUUGCAGCAGUGACAACAGGUGUGAAAGCGUUCUGGAAGCCACUGUUACACCACAGGGCUUCAAGGUGGCCCUUGUGAACCUGGUGAGCUCCUUCAAACAGCAUGCUACAUCAGAUGCCACAGCAUUGGCCAGUGCUUUCUCUAAGCAUGGUGCAACUGGAGGCUGCAAGAAGCUUAAGACCUUGGAGAGCAACUGCAGGUUCCUGUUGUGGGCAAACCUACACAACUUGGCCUCAAAGGUAAAGAGUCUCAAGAUUAGGAAUCCGAAUGCUGUUUCUAUAAACAUGGAGGUCUCAGUGGGGAAACCUUACCACGAGCUUUUCCAAGUGGAAAUGCGAACCGAAAACGGUAAACACGCGUCAUCCACUUUGCACUUGGACACCAACGCUACCGUGGACAUCUAUGUAUCCAAUGCUAAAUGCAGCAGACUGCUGGCAAUGGGACGAAGUUUCAUCGAGUCAAGGCUGGUCAUCAAGAGCUACAGCGGUAGUCACACGGACAUCAAGAACGUGGCACUGUAUGCACUUGAAGGCGAGCUUAAGGUGGAGUUGCGCGACACAUGUUGCCUCGAGAAAACACGCCACCUGGUGGACAUGGGCGUUCCGCAAGCGCCAGGCACUGUGGCGACCUACAGUUUCACUAUUGUCAACAGUGGUGACUGGGAUGCGUUUGUCUACCUUGCCACCGAUGGCAGCCCACUCUUGGGCUCCCCAAAAGAGUCUCCGUGUAAAGGUGGCAAAGGCACCAUUUCAGUGACUUCAUCCUGCUUCGUGCUGCGCCGCAUGAAAUCCAAGACGGUGUCAUUGACCUACGAGUUUGGAGCCAUCGACGCACAGCUGUGUGCUGGAGGGCAAGUUGGCACACUAUCUGUCAUCCGGGUGCUGUUUGGCUUUGAAGCACUUCGGCAAGCAGCCAAAAGGGCAUUUUCCAAGCCUUCAGGAGGCAAACUACAGCCAUCGGAAAUGAUGUUGCCCUUCCUCGGGUCUUUUGAGAAUGAGGGCGAAGUAGAGGAGUUGACUGUAUCCGGAAGCGUGGUGGAGCAGGUCUUUAUGAAAACAGUCUCCCAGGCAGUCGUCGCGGUCAUCGCCAGCAGUGGUGCCGCAGAAGCACUGAUACAGUCAUCUACUGCGGCAUCGCUCGCACCUCUCGAGGACCUGACCUUCUUGAACAGACCCAGCCUGUCUGAACUUGCAGAGUAAAGCAUUUCGCUGGUGCCCUGUGCAGGCCUGUGCAGGCCUGUGCCUUGCAAUCUGAAUUGGCCUUGUUAACAAAAAUAUGUUCAUACUCAUUCAGCCAAUUGACAACCAAUUAAACCAAAUAUGGUUCUCUGGUGCUUUUCUUCAAUACUUCAAUGGUCGUUGUAAAGAGUGUGUAUGUAUGUAGCAAAUGUAAGGUUCGAAUUUUUGUACCCGGUAAACGUAAAUACCUGUUUAGUUGUUGUGUAGGUAAGAAAGCAAUUGGCAACAAGUGAAAGUUGGAUCACAUGUAGUAUUUAAGAAAUAAACGUAAAUAAAAAAUCAGAGUUUUGAUUAACCAUAUAACGCUAGUGGUUGUUCAAAUGCUGAGCACCAUUCCUAACUGCUUGCUGCUGUAAAAUUGGAAUGCAAGCAUAAAUAUGAGAAUAUUUUACAUUUAGUAUCUUCGGUUGUCUUAGCGUCUUUGGCUAUCGCACAACUGUAUCACAGGUUGUAAGUUUAGAAUGUUUUGAUUUUAGAAUGAUCAUGAUUUAAUCAAGUGAGGUGAUGUUGUGGGCAUUCUCUUGCACACUCAAAGAACAAAAGAAAAAGAAACCUGCUUACAAAAGUACGUCUUACUGUGUCUUGGGAUACUAAUAUUUAUAUUCUCAAAACUUAGUUCAGCAAUAAGUGCUGGGAGUUCCCAAUUCCAACUGCCUCGUUUUAGUGACAGCCACUGUAUGGAGAGGAGGUACUCAAAGGCUGACAGUGUUAAAGGAAAAAGUAUAGUGUAUGUGAGCUUGGAUUCUACUUUUAUGUUCAUUAUUUUUAAUGUUAUUGACAAUAUCCUUAAAAACCUUGUGCAAGGGUGCUACUUAGGGGCGGAUACAAUUAUUGACACAGCUGUAGUUUGAAACUGCCAAUGUUGCAUGCAUUGCUCCUGGCACGGUCAAGGUGUCCACAAAGGAGCGAAGUGGGGCUAGGAAAUGCAAAGUGAGCGUGAUUGCACUAUCGUGUUCUCUUCUUGAAGCUUAAAUAUCUUUAAAGUUUUUUUUCAGCGGUAUGUAGAAGAACAAUAUCUCAAUAUUUGUUUAUAUUUUGUUAGCGGUAUGAGCAGUUCUCUGUGGGUGUGCCCUGUAAUUAAUGGUGACUAUUUAAAAAAAGAUUUUGGGAAAUCAAGCAUGGGUUUUUUUGUUAUCACUGUCCCUGGAUUUUUAAAGGAAUGCUGACAUAAUUUUUCAGCAUCGUGAAAGGGACAAUUUUGUUUUCUUGGCAUAGGGCGGCAAAACUUCGCUCAUGGGAUAAGUUUUGAGCUUUGGACUCACUGGGACUCAGACCUGCGAAACUUUUUAUGAGCCAGACUCACUCGUACUCACACUCACAGAAAUUUUCUUCUGCUGGACUCACUCGGACUCAAACUCACCAAAACAUUACUCACCCGUGCUCACUCAGACUCAUGGCUCGAUCUCAGUCUGAGCGAUUCCGAGUGAGUUGACUCGUGAGUUCGUCAGCCUAGAAUUGGCUUAUUAAGCCAGGGUGACAAUGCUUUUUAACACCUAUAUCUCGCGUAAUCGCUGUUCUUCUUGGUGCCGAUUAGCAUAGUAGCUUCAAAAACGAGUUCCAAGUGCUUCCAAACCAGUAACGCCAUUUUUCUUGCAAAAGAUAACAGCGUAAGUUGUAAUAAUCAAGAAAUUUUCUGGAAGAGUUGCUGGAGGGAGGUCAAGGCACCCCUCUACGUAAUUCACGCCUCUAAUUAACAAAUACUGAAACGCCAUAUGAACAACACACUGCUUUGGAGUACCUGUGAGUAGAUGCAGGUAUAAAUGUAAAUCCAGGUGAGGCUUACAGUAAUGCUGAAGAUGACUAGAUACAACCUAAGUCGGCAAAAGAACUUGGAAUUCACUCAGUCUCACUUGAGAAAUAUAAUUUGCGCUUUGGACUCGCUCGGACUCAGACUUGCAAAAAUUUUCUGGAGCCAGACUCACUCAGAUGUACACUCAGGAAAAUUUUCAACUGGACUCACUCGGACGCAGACUUGCGAAAACAUUAUUCACUCAGAGUGUCGGCUCGAUCGGAAUCUGAGCCUGAGUGAGGGGCCUCGGGAGUGAGUUUGCAGACCUAUGCAAGGAAUUGUGCACUGUUAAUGCUCUGCACACGCCGGAGUUGGGCAAACAUGUGUAACUUAUUCUACUUCGAUAAUGAAAUUUGCACCGCCUAGCAUAUGUGCAGCCAGCCCUACUGCAAUGGACAUUAUCACGAGUCAACACAGUUCUAUGGUAUUGCAAACUAUGCGGCCUGCAUGCAGCCUAAAAUCAUAAAAAUAGUUGUUUACGUGCACCGUAUGUGACUAGAAGCAGAUGACAGAGCUGCUGCUAGUAUGUUGCGAAUUUCCAUUUCCCCGUAAUGUCAGACUGUGUCAUCAAGGCGUUGUGAAAUGAUCUCUUCAUAUCGAAACGGAAAAUGUCGUCUCAGGAUAGGGGUAUUAAAAACAUAAUGCAUUCUUAGACACCAUGUUAAUCUUUUCAGGGUUCUCAACACCUGUGUUUUUAUUUUGAACAAUCUGAAAAUAUUUGAAUUCCGUCUCAGUUCUCUUUUAUUGGCUACUUGCCAUUGUUUUAGUGGAUGUCAUGUUUCUCUGUAAUGUAGUUGUUGCUUGAAGCAAACCAGUUCAUGUAUAGGCGUUUUUAUGUAUUAACAACAUACAUUUGCUCUGUUUAUGUAUGUGCAUUUCUACCUGCUCUCAAUGCGCACAAUCUUAUUUACCUGUACUUCCAUUCCACUUUCUCGUGCAAAUGUAUGCAUUUUGGGUGCUUGGUUAAUUACUUUUCUUGUGUUCUCUUCUAUCUUGCGUUUUCCUUCUACACAAAUCUUGCUGUAUAUAGUGUAAAGCUAGUUUUACGUGUCUUUUCAAACAUGUGGUGUAUUUAUGUAACCUUCCUGAAUGCACAGCAAUUAUGCUGCUAAGUUCAUAACUUCAGUACGACUGCACAAUGAGAGAGACAUGGACAAGAGCGAAGAAACACCCAGCGUGAACUUUCAACCAAAUUUAUGUCUUGUUCAUGUCUUUUUGAUGGUCAGUCAUAUGGAAGCUAUAUUACUAACUUGCCCAAAAUAUUGAUAGAAAUAAAGGCUGUUAAGGUCACAGUAUAAAUGUAUUUUUUUAUCUUUUUUAAGAACUGGGUGCACUUUGUUUUAUAUACUGUAUAUAGUUUUUUUAUAAAUGAGAAGUUUUUGUAAUAAAAUUUGGUGAGCCUUCUUG